AUGGCGAUCUUCUCCAGCAAUGUACAUAUUGACCCCACCGGCUUGCGUGUUGAGUUGACGGGGAGUUGUUUUAGGCCAUUUGUGUCUUGUGUUUUGGGUUGCAGGAUAUUGGAUCAUGCAACGGCGAUCUGGCCGUUUAAACCGCGAGCUGGAGCUCGGGUUAGGUGGUGGGGAAGAGCAUCCUCCACCCCCUCAAAAGCGGGAACAACUAUUUCUUUGCCAUGCAAGAGACGAUUAGGCGGCGGGGAGCGGAUUCGAGACACGAGAGAGCAACAGGCUCGUCCUGCACCUAUACUGGCACCUCAGGUAGUGCCACCGAAUGUGGGGGAUCGUAUGGAACCAAUUUAUGAGCGGUUCAGGAAACAAAACCCACCUGUGUUUGAGGGUGGCCCAGACCCACUGAAAGCAGAACAGUGGAUGACUAUGAUUGCUUCUAUCUUUGAUUUCAUGCGGGUAGAAAAUAAUGAUCGGGUACGAUGUGCUAUUUAUAUGUUACGAGAUGAUGCCCGGAUAUGGUGGGAGAUUGUUUCCCAAGGUCAUAAUCUGAAUACUAUGACUUGGGAUGCAUUCAGGGCACUGUUUUAUGAGAAAUAUUAUAAUGAAUCCAUUCGUGCCGCUCAAGCUGAAGAGUUCGCACGAUUAGUUCAAGGUAGCAUGACUGUGACUGAAUAUGCUACCAAGUUUGACAGGCUAGCCAAGUUUGCUUCUGAUGAAGUGGCCAGUGAUGCUGCAAGAAAAGCUAAGUUUAUCAGAGGUCUUGAAGAGUAUAUUGCUAGAGAUGUGAUUAUGGCAGCCAAACAAUCAGGGAUCGUGAAGACUUAUCCUCAGAUUGUGGACUUAGCUCUCACUGCUGAGGGGGCUGAAAGCAUGAUUCGUAAAAAGAGUACUCAGAGGAAGGACGUGUGGAAAACCUCAUCUAGUACUGGAGUGAGUAAACGCUUUAGCCCCAAUGACCGAAAAAGGAAACCAGAUGGACCACUGGUUGUUGGUUCAAACAGAAAGUUUCAAGGUAACCAGGGCUUUCGUCGAGGCAGAAAUGAGGUUUGGCAGCCUUACCCUGAAUGCCCAAAAUGCAAGAGACAUCACUUGGGUGAAUGCCGGUCUAGAGUUUGCUACCAAUGUGGAGUAGCAGGUCAUUUCAAGAACAACUGUCCACAGCUACAAAAGCCCGAGGCUAAGAAAGAAAGUCCUGUGGUUCCUGCUAGGGUGUUUGCUUUGACCCAAGCAGAUGCUGAAGCUGGCCCUUCGACUGUUACAGGUAAGGGCAAGGCAAAGUUAGAACAACCAUGAGAUGGCGAUCUUCUCCAGCAAUGUACAUAUUGACCCCACCAGCUUGCGUGUUGAGUUGACAGGAGUUG